AUGGCUAAUAUUCUCCUACGUGGGAUCCCUCUGCAGAAAUUCCCAUCUGUCCGAAACCGGUUUGGCCAGUCAGGUCUUCCCAUUGCUGAAGUGUUAAGGCGAGGUGGCUUAAGGACUGGAAAGCCACCUGCUAUGGCUACUGUCACUCGCCAGCGUCUCCACAACUACAUGGAUGCACAGUACUAUGGGGAAAUCUGUCUUGGAACCCCCCAACAAUGCUUCAAUGUUGUCUUUGAUACUGGCUCUUCCAAUCUGUGGGUGCCUUCCUCCAAAUGUUGCCUGCUACAUUUGGCAUGCUGGGUACACCGUCAUUACUGGUCGCUCUUUUCCUGCACCCACAAGGAUGAUAAAAGCAAAUUUGCAAUUCAUUAUGGAAGUGGUAGCCUUAAAGGAUUCUUAAGCCGGGAUGUUCUCAGGAUUGGCAACAUCACUAUUCAGAACCAAACCUUUGCUGAGGCUACAGAUUUGCCAGGUUUGGUUUUUGUGGCUGCAAAAUUUGAUGGUAUCUUGGGACUGGGUUAUCCCUCCAUCUCAGUAAACAACAUCACCCCACCCUUUGACAACAUGAUGAAGAAGAAGCUCCUGGAAAACAAUGUCUUCUCAUUCCAUCUUUGCAACACCAACAGCAGCUCACAAAACAAUGGUGGUGAGGUGGUUUUCGGAGGCAUCAACCACAAUGCCUAUGUCGGAAAGCUCCACUAUAUUCCAGUGUCACGCAAAGCCUACUGGCAGAUCAAGAUGGACAAGAUAACCGCAGAGAGACAACCCAGGGAGAAUGGACGCUGGCCGUGGAGCCUGUUCGACAAAAGCAAUUCAUCUACCUUCUGCGAGGACGGCUGCCAAGGCAUUGUGGACACCGGCACGUCCCUCAUUACGGGGCCAGGAACAGACAUAGAGGCUCUCCACAAAGCUAUUGGUGCUCAGCAUGCUUUUGGUGGACAGUAUUUAAUAGACUGCAAGAAAUUACCCGAGAUGCCCAGUGUCACCUUCCAUCUUAAUGGCAGACCCUACACCCUGACACCCGAAGAAUACACUCUUCAGGUGAGGCAGGGAGGGGUGAGUACUUGUGUCAGUGGAUUCAUGACCCUCAACAUCCCAAAGCCUGUUGGACCACUCUGGAUCCUGGGAGAUGUUUUCCUCCGGCGAUAUUACUCAGUCUUUGACAGAGAUCAUGACCAAGUUGGCUUAGCUGUUUCUAAACAAACUAUAUGUGGUGCUGGUUCUGAUGCAAAGACAAACAACAUGGCUGCAGCAUGA